AUGGCUCCAUCUGCUGGAGUUUCUCAGAGCUCCAGUGAGUCCAGAGGCUCCCUGGGAUUAAUUUCUACAGCAGGAAACCUGUGGGUGUUGAGCCUGAACUCUGAGAUCCAGGCAGGGCAGUGGGCGAUCACGAUCGACUCCAACACCGCCUACACAGUCAAGGUCACAGGUCGAAGUUCCUUGAACUUUGUCUACAACCUCGUUGAACCACAAGAGGGCACCAAUGGCAGCGUCAUUCCCAAGGCAGGACGUCCCGGCGGUAACGUCACUCUGUGGGUCACCGUCACAGGAAGUGACACAGCUACAGUCAGAGACGUCACUCUGUUCGACUUCUCCAGAUCGACACAAGUCGAUGGAUCAGUCCAGUCGAUAGGAAAGAGCGACUAUCUGGUGGCGUUCAGAGAAGUCCCGGCUGGGAGCUUCCUGGUUUGGCUGACAGGACAGGAGACGAACUCUUCCUCCACACCAAACAGCUUCCAGAGACAGGCUUCCACACAGAUCAGAACCUCCAGUCUCUCUGUUACCGCUCAAGCUGACAGCCAGAGCAUCGAACCUGGCUCCAGCAUCUCCGUAUCUUUCACCGUAUCCUCAGAGGAAACUGGGACAUUCACCAUACAAGCCAAUAACGACCGCGGCUUUACCACUGCAUGUCCUUCUUCGGUGAGGAUCGGUGCAGGUGAUGGUGGUCGAGCCAAUGACACGGUGACCUUAAUAGCUCCAGCUGACGCUGCUUCAGGAACAGAUGUUUCCCUCACUAUUGUUGCUGAGAACGCUGCUGGGACAGACAUCAACUACGUUGUGCUCAGGUUUUCAGUAGCUACCAAGGUAACUGACCUGUCUGCUCCAGUGUGCCAGGUAGUCAGAAUGUCAGGUGUUUGUCCGGCCUCUCAUCUCCUCUGUGCAUCUGUCCAGUGGGAACUUGUUGCUAAUUUCACAGAUGGAAUCACUGGGACUGGAAUUGAAACCAUUUCUCUCCACCAAGGGAAUGGUACAUUGAGUACCAGCAAUGUGGUUGGAGUAGCGGGAGAGAAUAUAGUAGAAGUUUCUUACAGCUCCACCUGCUGUUCACGGAGUGUACAGCUAGCUGCUGUAGACAGAGUGGGAAAUGUGGGCACAUGUGCAGAAACCUCUAUAGCCCUAACUACACCUGCCCCAAGUAGCACAUCUUCGCGUGUGACUAACGUCAGUCACAUAACCACAAUCAUUCCUGUGCUCAACUCCACUUCUGCUUCUACACCAACACUUAUCACCAACAACACAGCAGGAGUCCCAUUAAUGCUCAAGAUCAGCAAUACUCCUGUAACGACAACAAUACUAAUGUCCAACACCACUCCUGUAACUACACCAAUGCUCACGACCAACACCACUCCUAUAACUACACCAAUUCUUGUGACCAACACCACUUCUGUAACUACACCAAUUCUUGUGACCAACACCACUCCUGUAACUACACCAAUUCUUGUGACCAACACCACUCCUGUAACUACACCAAUGCUCACGACCAACACCACUCCUGUAACUACACCAAUUCUUGUGACCAACACCACUCCUGUAACUACACCAAUGCUCACGACCAACACCACUCCUGUAACUACACCAAUGCUCACGACCAACACCACUCCUGUAACUACACCAAUGCUCACGACCAACACCACACUUCAUAAUUCGACUCCUGCCCAAACUAUGAACAGCUCUGUCGUCACUACAGUUUUUGAAACUGCAGGUGUAACUAACUCAACAUCCACUGGAGGGGAACCUGUAUGCUUGUCCUAUUUUCUGUCCAUUGCAGCUAUGUUUUGUUCAAUCCAAGUAUUAUUCUUUAAUUAGGCAAAUUGAAAUCUAUGUAAUUGACUUGAAUGUGUCCCUAUAAUGGGAUUAAAUUGACUAAAUAUUUGUAUUGAA